AGCAGCGGAGUUGUGAGUCGCGGCAACUCGCCACAAUGAGAAUUUCAAACUCCCCGGAUUACGAUGUUUGUUUCUUAGUGCUCUGCUUCGAUUAACGGCUGGCGAUUAAUUUUGCUAUCUAUUUAUCUGGAAAAGAAAACACAGGGACCUAGGUCUUUCACUCCCCGCAAAAUCCAGCUUUCACCAAAUCGCCCGCGUGCACACAGAAAAACACAAAUAAAGAUCUGGCAAGGCAAGGCUAUGAACAAUUAUACAGGUGGGCUAUUCAGAGGGAGCGGAGCUCGAAGGCGUCCAAUCAGGCUCUGGCAACCUGCAGCCCUGUCAAAAUGCCUCUCCAACGGAUCUCUGUAGUCCCAGCGCGGGAGACUGCCAGCAAUGGGAGAAGUUCCAUGGGCAGAAACAAAGAGAAGAACAAGGAAGUCGAGAAUGAGAAAUCUCCAGGGCGCUCAACAAGUCGAUCAAGUAAUAUCUCAAAAGCAAGCAGUCCUACCACAGGGACUGCUCCAAGGAGCCAGUCACGGUUAUCUGUCUGCCCUUCUACUCAGGACAUCUGUAGGAUCUGUCACUGUGAGGGAGAUGAUGAAAGUCCCCUCAUCACACCAUGUCGUUGCACAGGAACUCUGCGUUUUGUUCAUCAGGCCUGCCUGCACCAGUGGAUUAAGAGCUCUGACACACGUUGCUGUGAACUCUGCAAGUAUGACUUUAUAAUGGAGACCAAGCUCAAACCACUUCGAAAGUGGGAAAAACUACAGAUGACAACAAGUGAGCGGAGAAAGAUAGUCUGCUCAGUCACAUUCCACAUUAUUGCCAUUACCUGUGUAGUUUGGUCAUUGUAUGUAUUAAUAGACCGGACGGCUGAGGAAAUUAAGCAAGGCAAUGACAAUGGUGUCCUGGAGUGGCCAUUUUGGACAAAAUUGGUUGUGGUGGCCAUUGGGUUUACUGGAGGCCUCGUCUUCAUGUACGUACAAUGUAAAGUCUACAUUCAGUUGUGGAGAAGGUUGAAAGCUUAUAAUCGAGUGAUAUUUGUUCAAAAUUGCCCAGACACUGCCAAAAAACUAGAGGAAAAAAAUUCUUCCUUUAUUCAGAACACUGAGAUCAAAGACACUGUAGUAGUGCCAGUAUCACAGACAAGUACAAACUCUCAGCAAUCAGGAGAAGAAACUGUUUCUGAUGUCAUGCCGGUUUGAUGGAAGUGGCAUUUCUUUUUCUUCAUGAGAGAACAAAGUGAUGUGUUUUCUAGAAUUCAGCCACAUUAAAAUGGCAGAACUGCUAAGUAUAUUUGAAUGAAGAGCAAACAGGAAAACAAGAUCAAGAGGAAGUUGCACAUUACCUCUGGAAUGUAACUGUGAAACAGGUUUUCACUUUUCUUCUAAGCAUUAUCAAAAGUGGAAAAGAAGAAAAGACAGAUUUCAACUCCUAACAGGCAAAAAAAGGCAGCACCACUGUUGAUGGCUGAAAUGAACUGCAGUUGCAGAUAUACUACUGGUGUUCUGUUUACAAGGACAAAACCCUCCUAUGUAUUUGCUACUAUGGUGUUUUUGCUAAUUAUCACAAUUGGGGGAGGGGGGUAAAGCUGCAAAGCAAAAUUUUAAAGAUUCAUAUUAACCCUUCAAAUCAUGUAAAAUAUAUGCAUCAAAGCACAAAUUGACUAAGCCUCAUAAUGUGAUAACUGAAGAUCAAGUUGGCUAACCCAUAGAAUCUAUGGUCUGGAAGAUAUGAAAACCUUUCCAAAAGUAAUAAUUUCAAACAUAUGUUUAAAUUCCAAGUAUUUGUAAAUUAGAUAGUUGGAAAUAUUUUCCUUGGUCUGCAAUAGCUACAGAUGAUCAUUUCCCCCGAGGUUUCCUUGCAGGUUAUUAGAUUUAUCUGGGCUGUUGCUUAUUCUUAAAAGCAGAAUAAAGUAAAGAAAUAAAAUUGACAGAAUAUACCUGGCAGCACUAACGUUAUUCUGCUAAAGGGUAAUAGAUUUUAUAAUCAGAGGAAUUAUAAACCAGAGAAGUAUCUUGGUUCAAUGCAAAAGACUUUGAAGCUUUUUCAAUAUUUAUUAGUGUGUGAAAUAUGCAAAGAGUCGAAGAUUGAAAUAUAGUAUUUUCUUUCAAGAGGUCUGGAUAGAGCAAACUCAGCAACUGUUAGGAUAGUCUUGAGAGUCAGUGUAAGCAGUAUUACCAUUACCUUUCCAAUGUUCACUUGAAUUGACAAGAUACAUGCAGUAUCGUUGAUAUAAGAGAUGGCUAUAUGAUUAAGGGUUCAAUAGUUCCACUGUUACUAUUGUGGUUUUAGCAUAUUGAUGUAAAACUGGAGUGUGACUAAAUUAAAAAAUGCAGAAGAUAAAUAUCACUAUAAUAGGGUACCUGGCAGGAAUAACUUACGUGAAAAAGAUCGUUAGUGUCCCAUUUCUGAAGUAUGUACCUCAGAAGGCUAAAUAAUUGGGUACUUUAAAAAGAAAGAAGUCUCUUCUUUAUACCACUGUUAUGCUUGUUGAAUGUAUUGUGAAUUGUGCCCAAGUAAUGUGAUUAUACAAGAACAGUGUGACCAGUGAUGAGGGAAGCAUAUGAUGGUGAACUGUGGUGGAUUAAGUCAUUUUAACAAUGAACUACAUGACAUGCUUCAGAUUUUAAAACUACGGCAAGUUGUUGAUCCCAAAAAGACUCAGUAGGUGUAUGUGAAAGAUCUGUCUAGACACUGCAAGAAACAGGAAGCCUUGUUAAAAUUAAUGGACAUUUCUCCACUGAUUUCAGUAGGUGAUAACAUGUAUUGUCAUAUAGGAACCAUGGCUUGGUUGAAAAUACAUUAGUCAUGCAAUUAAUGGCAUACAUAAUGAUAGAUUUAGCAAGAAUGGUGGGGGGGUCUUCCUUGAGUAAAAAAUGCAUAACAUGAACUGUGAAUGCUAUUUUUCACAUAAAUGGAGAAAUGCCUUUUAACAUUAAAACGAUUAAGUUUAAGUUGCUUUUACAUGCCCUUUGUGAGGUUUAGAAAACUACAUGGUUUAACCAAGGUUGCUGGACAGAUUUAACAAAAAAUAGAGGAUCAAAAUUUGAAAUUAAUUCCAAACUGGUUUGUUUACAUCCUUCUCACUAAGAGACACAAAUCUGGAUGGAGUCUAAUUAUAAUUUCAAGUGAUAGGGGUUUUUUCUGCCUAUCUGUAGAUGAAUGACAGUGCCAUUGAUUUGUAUAAACAGCUGACUGCUAUGGCAUAAACAGCUUAAAAGUUAAGGUAAAUAUAACAGGUUGCAAAAUAGAGGACAACAAUAAAAUGUAAAUUGCCUAAUAUAUUCCAAUAAUAUAGCUGUGGAUUCAGACAGUUUUCCAAAUUGUAAUUUUUCUAGUUGCCACACAAGGGAGCCCAUAUAUAACACAACUGUAUAAAGAAGUCCAACAUGUUUUCAGUUCUCUUAAGAAAUCUGACGUGCUCUGAUGCCAAUUAAGUACUGGUUUCAAGGGAGACCUCGGCAUGCCUUCAAACCAACAUGUAUUGGGAAAAGAGCGAUCAUCCCAAGAUAAGAGUCAAAGGAAGUUUACAACAUAAUCAUGCCAUUCCCCCAUUUUCAAGACCAGUGGUAUUUUUGGCUUCAUUCCUGAGAUGCUAAAAAGCACACUGUCUGAAACAAUACAGGUAGAAGGAAUCGUUCUCAUUUAGAAACGAAAAUGCUAGUGUACCUGUCUUUAUACUGCCUGUUCCUAAUUACCUACAAUAAGAGAUACCAGAAACUAUAUUAAAGCAAUUGUUUACAUGGUGGAAUAAAAUUCCUCUCAAAAAGCAAAGAUAAUGAAAAUUUAACAGAAAAAUACUGUAAAAUGCCAAAACAGUUUUCCUCAACAACUUUCUUUGGGGCUGUCAAAGGUGUCCCCUUCUGGAUUAAUUUGUUAACUUUAUAAGCAUAACUAGCAGUCUACUGGUGCUAUUGGUACAGCUGGAAAGCCGUAAAUAGUGUGGCUCCAAAACAACAGUACAUGCAUUCAUCACCAAAAUUAACUGUCAAAUUUUGAACUUUGCACUGCAAUGCAAUCUCUGAUGCAAAUAUUUUACUGUGUAUAAUUGUUUGACCUAUGAAUUUGUUACUUGUUUUACCCAGUUCUCUUUUGCAAAAGAGCUUAGAUGCUUUUGUGGGUGACUUGUGUAUUAAAAGGUAUUCGGGAUGGGGGAAAACAUAAUAUAACUACUAAUUGUUGUGGAA